GAAAAACCUUAACGAUCCGAAACUAAAUGAACAACUCAAUGAUUUACCUAUCUAAUCAUCUUCUUAAAGAAAACCAUUGUGAUAUUUAUUACUCUUUGAUUGUAAUUCUACUUUAUUUGAUACCGUGAUACUUUGUGAAACCUAAUCUUAACCAGAUAAUUAUGCAUCUAUUAUCCAAAACUAGCCUUAAAGGUCGAAGUCUUACCGUGUUGAUACAAGCAUAUGAACGCUUAAAAUCACAAUUACUAUCUGAUAAUUUCUGCCAGUCAUUUUGUUGAUGGUUGUCUUGAUAUGAUAAGCUAUUGGUAUCGAAUAAAGAUAUUGACUCAUUGAGUUUACAGACGUAAUGUCCAGUGUAUGUCUAUCUCACUACUCGAUCAUAAUUUCUCCAGUUAAUACGUAAAAAUCAAAAUCAACAUCAAGCUUUUACAGACAUAGCAGAUUAUUACAAGUCAUAAAAAUUGAUCUUAAUGUGUCCAGAAAACUAAUCCAAUAUAAUAUGACUAAGCUAAUAUUCAGGAAGUGCAGCUCAAUAAGUGACCCAACUCAACUUUUAGUAAAAGUAUGUUUGAUCUUUUUCAUUUUAAUAUCAAAUGCUCGUGAUGGUUUCUGUGAUUGUGGCUGUUCCAAGUUAUCUCGUACGUCAAAUAGUCCUCUUGAAGAAUCUUGCCGUGAAGACAGCUCAAAUAACAUGUGUGUAAAGCUAACUGAUGAAGAUAAUGUCACAAUGGUGGUACUUGAAGGUGGGAUAUUUUUAAUGGGCACUAACAACCCAGAGUUUCCAGAAGACGGAGAAAGUCCUGAAAGACAAGUUGCAAUUGAUCCUUUUUGGUUGGAUAAAACAGAAGUCAGUAAUGAACAAUUUCAAGCUUUCGUCGAAGCCACUGGUUAUGUAACUGAAGCUGAGAAGUUUGGAAACUCAUUUGUAUUCGAGAAGCUUAUUGAUGAAGAAACUUUAAGUACAAUAAAACAGGCAGUGGUGACUGCACCUUGGUGGUUACCAGUCAAUGGUUCUAGUUGGAAGCACCCUGAAGGCCCUAAAAGCUCAAUUAAGGCUCGAAUGGAUCAUCCAGUAGUUCAUGUUUCAUGGAACGAUGCAAUUGCCUAUUGUAAAUGGUUAGGUAAACGACUACCGACCGAAGCAGAAUGGGAAUAUGGUUGUCGUGGGGGACUGUCUCGGCGUCUAUAUCCAUGGGGUAGCAAAUUGAAUCCACACGGAAAGCAUUAUACAAACAUUUGGCAAGGAGAGUUUCCGUUCAAUGAUACAGGUGAAGAUGGUUUUAAAGGAACUGCUCCGGUUGAUUCAUUUCCUGCUAAUAAGUAUGGUCUGAAAAAUAUGAUUGGUAACGUUUGGGAAUGGACUAAUGAUUGGUGGUCAACUAAAUUUAGUAAUGAAAAAGCAAUUAACCCAACCGGACCCUCAGAAGGAAAAGAUAAGGUUCGCAAAGGCGGUUCUUUUAUGUGCAUUAAAUCUGUUUGUUAUAGGCAUCGUUGUGCUGCUCGUCAAUUCAACACUCCUGAUUCCAGUUCGAGCAAUGUUGGCUUUAGAUGUGCAAAAGAUUUUUCUUAAUAACCAUUCAUUGUUUUUAAAUAUAGAUCUCAAAAACUACAAAUGGAUGACAUUUCUUGUACAUAAGUCUUGCGUAGAGACACGUUUUAAAAGUGCAAAAUAAAUACAAUCUUCGACUCUUUGUGCAUUAAA